UGUGCAACACUAUGUGCUAUCUUAUUGCAGAUUGGUAGACGUGUACAUUCAGUCCAGAAAAAAAUCUGUUUGCCAUUCAGCUUAUAUUGCUGUCAUUUUCAGUGGAGUAUCAGCUUUCGGCAGCAAUGGCCACAGCUGAAGAACUAAAACGUCGUGUUCGUGAGUUAGAAAACGAGCUUAUAAAGUGCAAGCAAAGACGAAGCAGCGAGGAGCAAGUGCAUGCAAGAGCGAAGAUUGAAAAAAUGAGCGCUGAGGUGGUGGACUCAAACCCAUACAGUCGACUGAUGGCUUUGAAGCGAAUGGGCAUAGUGGACAAUUAUGAGAAAAUCCGAUCUUUUGCCGUGGCUGUGGUGGGAGUGGGAGGAGUGGGCAGCGUUACUGCAGAAAUGCUCACAAGGUGUGGCAUUGGUAAGUUACUGCUGUUCGACUAUGACAAAGUGGAGCUGGCUAACAUGAACCGCCUCUUCUUCCAGCCACACCAGGCAGGACUUAGCAAAGUGGAAGCAGCAGAAAAUACUCUGAGGAACAUCAAUCCAGAUGUUGUAUUUGAGACUCACAAUUACAACAUCACCACCAUGGACAGCUUCACACAUUUCAUGGACCGCAUCAGUAAUGGUGGACUGGAGGAAGGAAAGCCUGUGGACUUGGUGUUAAGUUGUGUUGACAAUUUCGAGGCACGAAUGGCAAUUAAUACAGCGUGUAAUGAACUGGGUCAGGUCUGGAUGGAAUCUGGAGUCAGUGAAAAUGCUGUGUCUGGACAUAUACAACUCAUCAUUCCAGGGGAAACGGCUUGCUUUGCUUGUGCCCCUCCCCUUGUAGUAGCAGCCAGCAUUGAUGAGAAAACUCUCAAGAAGGAUGGAGUUUGUGCAGCCAGUCUACCCACUACCAUGGGUGUCGUUGCUGGGAUCCUCGUGCAAAAUGUCUUGAAGUAUCUACUUGGAUUUGGAUCGGUCAGCUAUUACCUAGGCUACAAUGCCAUGCAGGACUUCUUCCCUACCAUGGCCAUGAAAGCUAACCCACAGUGUGAUGACCAACACUGCAGGAGGCAACAGGAAGAGUACAAGUCAAAAGUAACAGAGCACCCAAAACAGGAAGCGGUGGAGGAGGAAGUAGUAGUAGUAGUACACGAAGAGAAUGAAUGGGGCAUAGAAGUGGUGUCUGAGGUGACUGAGGCAGAGCUUCAGGCUGCAUCAGGACCAGAACCAGAUUUACCAGAGGGUAUAACCGUAGCAUACACCAUACCUGAGAAGGAAGAGACCUCAGGACAGACAGUAGAGGAGACUGACCAGAGUCUAGAGGACCUGAUGGCUCAGAUGAGGAAGAUGUAGAGGACAAAUCUACCUUUACUCUGGGCUUCUAUACACACAUACAUAAUUAUAUUAUAAUAUGUAUUAUUAGGGUCUAUACAAUACAUGAACAUCGUUUCUUGGAUAGAUGAGUUUCCUUACCAUCAUAAGGAAUAAAUGUAAAAAAAAAAACAAACAUCCGGUCUCACACAUUUCUACUGAAACUAACAGCAAGCACUAAAUUUCAAAUUUUUAUUUUGUUUUGAACUGGAGUCUGGCUUGGUGUUCUUAAUAUUAAAACACUGUAAAUGAAUGUGUAUUAAU